AUGCAGGAGACACGGCUCGCAAAGCGCGAAAAUGGUUGCGGACCCGGCAGAUAUCUUGGUGUUGAUGGGAACUGUUACCAAUACUCAGACUGGUAUUGGUGGGGUCGAUGGGUGUUUGCCGGCCUGGCUCUUCUUUGCAUUUUGAUUGUUUUCUUCCUUCUCUUCCGUGCUUCCCGUCGCCGCAGGAGACAAGGACUCCAGCCUCUUUGGGGAACUGGGUGGAUGGCCGGCCCACCGCCGCCGUACUAUCCCCCUCCUCCGCAGUACACUCCGCAAGACCCGAACUCGGAAGGCUACAAGUACUACCAACCGGCUGGUUACUAUGCGGCUCCCCCCAACGGUGCUGGUCCCAGCGACACCACGGGCUACUAUGCUGGCAACCAAGAAGGCAUCCAACUUCAGCAGCCACCCACCGCCUACCACCGUGACUCGAACAACCCGAAUAAUGUUGACUAUCCUCCUCCUCCUGGGCCGCCGCCGAGUCACGCGAACAGCAAUAACAACAAGCCGUAA